GAAAGGCGUGGAUAUCGAGGAAACUUCGUUGGAAAAAGGGAGAUACUUCGGGGUGAAGACAAAGAGAAAAGAAGUUAAAAAAGAAGAAGAAGAAGAAGAAGAAGAAGAAGAAGGAGAAGAAAAAUGAAAAAGUUGUAGAGGAAGAAACGAAAAAAGGACAAAGUGGACUGAGGGGUUACAAAGAAAGAUAGCCGAGGACACAAGAGAGAAGUAGAAAUAAAAGGAGAAAAAGGAAAGAAUAGAUAGUGACUUGUAAAAUCGUCCGGGGCCCGUGAAACCAUCGUUACGUUCUUGGAUGCCGCCCUUCCGCCCGAUCAAUAUUGCGUUGGUGGGGCCAAGGCAAGGUAGCUCGGUGGUGGAAAACGAGGGAUUGGAAGGAGAACAUAGACAAGGGACACUACGUGAGAGAAAGAGAGAGGGAGAAGGUUAGGGGAGGUAGUAGGGCGAUAGAGAUAGAAUAGUAGGGGUUGUUUGGCGAGAGUGGGGUUGAUAGGAGGCAAGAGUCUGUCAUGGCGGCGCGCACCACCGCCAGGCAAGCGGCAGCUCGACAUCUUUCCUCGUCGCGUGUUACGCGCUUCUAUUCUUCGGCUUCUCUUCGAGCCACGUCUUGGUUCUUCGUCGAAAAGGACAUUUCGUUCAUAGGAUAUUCACGGAUUGGUGUUUUCGAUUGAAGCUUUACGCGAGUAGUCGUCUUAAUGGGAUCGAAAAAAGGAAAGAGAAGUGUCAAAGAGUUUAUUGCUCGAAGAAGAUAUUUCCAAAAAAGACAAGACAUUUUUGAAUAAGUCAAAACGGUUGCUGUGUCGAGGGCUCAAUCGAUCUUGAAGGUUGUGCCUUUCGAAGGUCGCUUCGAUACUCCCACGGAAUUUCCGCAUCGCGCUUUGGAUCGAACUCCGUUCGCGUCGUGCGUGACACUUUGCUUCGACGAGAGCCCAGCACUGCUCUCUGUGUGUAAACUUUUUCUCUAUUUUCUCGACGAACAUGCCAACGUCGUGACAACCUGAUGGAAGAUGUCGCGUAGCAGUGAGUCGUUUGAUUGAACAGACUAAUUGUCGGGGUGUUUAUCAAAGGAUACUCCAGGACAUUUGCGGAUCUGAAGAAGUUGAAGUGACAUCGGUGAAGAUAGGCGAGGGUGGCCAUCGCGGUUGGACCGAGCUGACACCGGCCGAAUCUCUUCAAAACGGAUCAGCAGGAGUAACAAUGUCCUAGCGAAGGCAGGACCUCGUCUAGACCGCUCCCCCUCGUCCUGAUCCAUUUCUUCCGAAACCUAAAUCCUUGCUAAUGUUGCUGUCCUAAGCCAACGCAUACUAAAGCAAACUUUAUCCGUGCUGACGCAUUAUACGUACAUGCACACAUACACGAAUACACGCGUAUACCUACAGACACAUAUACCGAGUUCGCUUUCGUCCUCCCCCUCUCUCUCUCUCUCUCUCUCUCUCUCUCUCUCUCUCCUUCUCUCUCUCUCUCUUUAACAUCUCUUUUUUACUUAUCAUUCUUUUUUAUCAGCUUUACUUUCUUAUUCUGCGAUACACUUUGCUGCUUGUUACGAAGAAGGAGAAAUAGAGAGAAAGAAUGGAAGAUAGACGGACAUAACUAAACACGCAUAGGUAUACGUACGUAUUCAAAGACUUACACGCAUAUAGACGAAAGCGAGCUUCCCGAAUCCGGCCAAGUCCAAAGUCCUUAAUCCCGUGGGGCUCCGCCCGCACGCGAAGGAACCACACCCCGAAUAGAGAAAGAGAGAGAGAGAGAGAGAGAGAGAGAGAGAGAGAGAGAGAAAGAAAGAAAGAAAGAAAGAAAGAGAAGAACGAGAAGAAAACUCAAGAUCCGGAUUUAACGUGCUCCUUGGUGAUGAUAGCAACACGCUACAGUGGUUAAGGUGGCUCUCGAGGAGAAGCUGGAAGUGGCGAGGAGGAUCGUGAAAAUCGGCAAACGAGGCGGGCGAUCCGGAGAGCGGUAGUGGCGGCGGAGCGGCAGGGAUACUAUGGGAGCGGGGGUAUGGGGGGCGGAGGAGGGCUACAAGCCACGGACCUCCGGCGAAGGCUCGAGUCCCAGUCUUGCGAACGAAAUUCUUCUGAGAAUCCUCUUACCCUAAGGCAAGAUGGUUUUUACGUACCUGCGGAGAAUGGCACUUGCGAGGAUGAGGACAAGGCUGACUUCGGAGCGAUUCUCGUUUCCGGCCAGCCAACGUGUACAGGUUCCCGGACGUAUAAACGUCGAGAGAAAGAGGAGGAUACGGAAGAGAGAAGAAUUUUGAGGCGUGUAAUAAGAUCCGAUGGAUCCUUCCACGGGAAGCUGAGGUUUUCCACGAAAAGUUUUGACCGCAUCGAGAAUGAGGCGGAAGCGACGACGGAAGGGGAAGGUGAGAGGAAACAACGACUGCGAUGGUGUCGCAGGGACUUCCGGCGGAUUGCGGAAGUGGCAACAAGGACUUUACUAUUGGGGAUCGUGCUCCUCGUCACACCAGGACUUUGUCAUCAGGACGCGGUGCACAUAACGGCUAUAUUGGGAGAGAGCGUUGUCUUCAACUGUCAUGUAGAGUUCCCUGGUGAGCACCCAGUGCCCUACGUUCUCCAAUGGGAGAAGAAGGUAGGCGACAAGGGGCAGGAGAUACCGAUAUACAUAUGGUACGAGUCGUAUCCGACCCACAGUGGCGAAGGAUACGAAGGUCGCGUCUCGAGAGUGAGCCCAAAUUCGAAUUACGGAGUGGCCAGCUUAAACCUUACAAACAUCCGCGAGAGCGAUCAAGGCUGGUACGAGUGCAAGGUCGUCUUCCUCAACAGGUCGCCUAACAGUCACAAGAACGGUACCUGGUUUCAUCUCGACGUCCACGCGCCACCCAGAUUUAGUAUAACGCCCGAGGAGAUGAUUUACGUGAAUCUGGGCGAUGCGAUAAUAUUGAACUGCCAAGCCGAAGGUACUCCGACGCCUGAAAUUCUCUGGUAUAAGGACGCAAAUCCUGUCGAACCUUCGCAAACCAUCGGGAUUUUCAACGAUGGUACUGAAUUGAGAAUUGCUACCAUCAAGAACGAGGAUAUUGGUGAUUACACUUGCAUUGCGAGAAAUGGAGAGGGUCAAAUCAGUCACACCGCGCGAGUCAUCAUUGCAGAUCGAGCGAAUACCGAUAUGGAAAUUCCGGUAACCACAGUAUCAGAGAAUACCUCAAAGCGAACCAGUAAUUUGAUGGUGUUGUUAUAUCGGCAUAGACGCUCGAUACGAUCAAAUAAUCAAAGAGGAGCCGUCAUUAUGGUACCGCCGUCGAAUCAGACGAAGCUCGAAGGAGAGAAGGUUCAGUUUUCUUGCGAGGCGAAGGCUCUUCCGGGUAAUGUGACGGUACGUUGGUUUCGAGAAGGUGCACCCGUCACGGAAGUUUCGUCUUUGGACACGAGAGCUUCUAUCAGGAUGGACGGCAGCCUUGUCAUUAGUCCUGUCAGCGCCGACGACUCAGGUCAAUAUCUCUGCGAGGUUACCAACGGUAUUGGCGAACCCCAAAGUGCCAGUGCCUAUCUCAACGUUGAAUAUCCAGCGAAGGUCACAUUCACGCCGACGGUUCAAUACCUGCCCUUCCGGCUUGCUGGUGUAGUUCAGUGCUAUAUUAAGGCUAAUCCGCAAUUACAAUACGUAACGUGGACGAAGGACAAGCGACUCCUCGAGCCUUAUCAGACGAAGGAAAUCGUGAUAAUGAACAACGGCUCCCUGCUGUUCACGCGAGUCAAUGAGAAUCAUCAAGGAAGAUAUACCUGUACUCCGUAUAAUGCUCACGGCACGCAGGGUAGUUCCGCGCCUAUGGAAGUGCUUGUUAGAAAACCACCGGUUUUCACACUUGAACCCGAACCGAUUUAUCAAAAGAAGUUUGGCGAGACCGUAGAAAUGCAUUGCAACGCUCAGGAGGCAGAAGGCACGCAGAAACCUACUAUACAGUGGCAGAGGAGAGACGGUGCUCCGAUUCAACGCAACCGAGCGAAAAUCAAUGGCGGUAAUUUGACGAUCGAAAGUCUUCGAAGAGCUGACUUUGGAUUUUAUCACUGUAUCGCAACGAACGAAGUUGCUACAAUUUCUACUUCGACGCAACUGAUCGUUGAGGGUACACAACCUCAUGCGCCUUACAACGUCACUGGCAAUGCUACAGAAUUUUCAGUAACGUUGAGUUGGUUACCUGGUUAUUCUGGUGGACCUGAUUAUAAACAAGACUAUACUAUCUGGUAUAGAGAAGCUGGUACGUCAGAAUGGGAAAUGAUACCUGUGACACCAUCGGGAAGUACUACGGUCACGAUCAACAGACUGACACCGGCUACGGUUUAUGAAUUUCAGGUUAUUGGAAAAAACGCUUUGGGCGAUGGAACAAUGAGCAAAGUCAUCACCGUCAGAACUCUCGACAUCUUAGAUUAUAGUACCCUCAUAUUACCGACCGAUUCUACUGGAAAUCCCGUCUUCCCGACAAUCAUAAGGCCGAAAGGACCGAAACCUGGUCCACCGAAAAAUCUCACGGUGACCGAGGUCAGUAACGGCUUUCUGAUUACUUGGGAAGCUCCCUCGGAGCGAAAUCAUCUCAUUCAACAUUAUACUAUUAAAUACAAAACGGACGGGCCCUGGAAGAAUCUCAACAAGGGACAAAUUCGUCCGGAGGAAACAAGCUAUUUGGUGAAGAAUCUGGUCGGUGGUAGGACAUAUUAUUUCCAAGUGUUCGCCAACUCAGCGACGAAUUAUGGUGCCAGCGAUCAAGUGAAAUUUCCUGUGCCUGCUCGUGUGAAACAUAAGGCGAUUACGGCCGGGGUUGUGGGUGGUAUUCUUUUCUUCAUCGUCGCCAUUAUCCUGAGUAUAUGCGCAGUGAAGAUCUGCAAUAAGCGGAAAAGACGAAAACAGGAGAAAGAACUGCUUUCAGCGUAUAACAUGGUGACUUGCCGGGUCACAGAUACCAGGAACGGCGCAGGGCAGGGGCCCCAAGGAACAGUGCCUUUGAAAAAACCUAGAAAAAGCAGAGUACCAGGUCUAAAUCUCCUAAGGGAGAUUUUGAGUCCAGACACCCCGGACUCAUGCCGCGGUCGUCCCCUCGGUAAGAUCUCUCGCGCGGCCGACGGCCGAUUCGUCGUGGCGGAUUCGGUUCUCAGUUCGGCGAACAACAGCAUCCUGGAUGCAUCAAGCAGCGACGACGGUGGCUUUCUGCCUAAGCAACGGCUCAAGUCCUCUUGGCGACGUCCCUUGGUCGGCAACAGUCAGCUGAGCCUGAGAUCAUCGGGUAGCGGUGUCUCGAUAGGUGCUCUGCAUGCUGCUCAUCAUCACCAUCAGGAUGCAGUGAAUUCAUUGGCCAGGAUACCACCAACGAUCUGUACAAUAUCGUCGCCCAGAUUCUUAGCGAGUUCACCGAGCGGUCCCAAUGUACCUUGGACGCCGUUAUACUUCAGCGAUCUCAGCUCCGUGAGACAACCAUCGUCAGGGGAAAGAUCCUUCCCGACCCCUCCAAGUUACCUCCAAUUGCGAACUGUUCAUCAACGUUACAGCCAAGAGCUCCCAUCUUUGAAGGCGAUCCACGCCGAGUCCAGAAGAUUCGUACCCGUUCAACCUCUUGCUACCUCGUCUCCGCCUCAAUCCGCUGGUCGACCAAGGGCGAGACUUCCACCGAGACACGCCAGGCACGCCAGGUCGGCGCCUGAACUGGCUGCGUCUCCGGAUUUGGAGACCUCGCCUGAAAGUAGAUCCAGCAGUUCAGGUUUCGGUAGCAAGAAUACAUCUCAACAAAAUCAGAGCUCGAGGAGCGGAAGCACGGUGGCUGAAUGGAGACCACCACCUUAUAGGCCACCGCCGCCUCCUCUGGUUGGUCGAUGGUUGGAGCUUCAGGACCAGGCGAAGGUCGGCCACUUGAAGAAUGCCGUAGAUGCUGGUAGCGUAGAUGGACACUAUGAGUUCGAUCCUGCCUCCUGUACGCCUACACCUACCUCUGCCUCCACUCCCACUAGAGAAGAGAGACCGCCGGUUCAUCAAAUACACGCCAUCCAUGUGCCGCACGUUCAUCAGGUGCACACGGUUCAUCAUCAACCAUCGAGAUACAGCAGGGAUAAUAUCGAGGCUAGAGUGCAGGCCAUGAAGGCCGAAUUCCAUCAAUUUAGGCAAAGGCAGGCUAGGAGAAAGCAAAGUACUCACUUGGAAAGUGCUUGUUAAAGCUCUUCGAAGAAAAUUUGUCAGGCUGAAUGAGAAUUCGACGAUCAAGAAUGAUUCGCAUCGUGGUGGCGUGAUACGAUUAGAUACGGUCCAAUAAUCGAAAACCUAGUAACGAGACAUUCCCAUUGAACGAAUAUAUCGGAGGACCAAGAAGAAUCUGUCGCGGUCGAAAACAACCUGGUAUACGUGCUUUCCUUUGGGAAAUCCUUCGGCAUUAAGACCAAUCGUCAAGGCACAAAACAACGAGAAUCAUCAUCGCGUAACGGUAUCGAAAUAUAGGCGCGUUUUAAAAAAAGUCAAUUCCGCUAGCCAAAGCAAUCCUCUCCGAUAUUAAGAGAGGAUUGUUUUUACGAGCGCCAAGCUCAAAAUACAUAUGUUUCCCCUCGAUCACGAAGAACAACGUAGUAGAUACGAAACGUUCAGACGUUCGCGUCUUUUUUUACGAUUAAAAGAAAGCGCAAAUGAGAUCAUGCACCGAACGAGUUUCUUGAGAUCGCCUAUCGGCAGAAGACGAUCCAACGAGGAUGAAAACAGCGAAAUUGCCUAUGAUCGAUGAACGUCACGUGACGUAUAAAGACGGAAGAAGAGAAUCGAAAAAAGGAAAAAAGAGAAGCUAUUGUUGCUGGUUGCGUUCCGCGAUAAUACCAACCGCGCCUACGUCCAUACCGAGUGGACCGUGAUUUUUAACAUAAAGUACAUAAUAAUAACAAAGAAUCAAGGAACGCACCAAAAACGCUGAGGAAGGGAGAGACGAAACGAAAGGGACAAUUCUAUUUUGUAAAGCUCAGUGAAACUGCCCCGUGGCUAUGAGUCGCGCAAAAGGAUGGAUAUCUCCCGCUAGCUCGAGAUAAGAGGCGGGUCGUUAAAACAUAAGAGAACGAGAUCGACGAUAAGAAAAGGAGAGGGAAUAAAACGAAGAAACGAAAGGGAGGAGAAAGAGGAAUAGAUAGACAAACGGUAUGACACUCCAAAGAAACUGUACCACUGUACGUGCUCCGUAUACCUUUUAACAAAAAAAAAAAAGAAAAAAAAAAGAAAAAAAAAAGAAAAAAAAAAAGAAAAAAACCGAAACGUUAAGAUUAAACGUAAUCGUACGCUGUAAGUAAUAAGUAAUGGAAAGCAAAUGAAAAAAAGUAAGAUAAUCGAAAAAAAAUAAGGAGAAACACACGCAAAAAAAUACACACACGCAUAAAUACACAGACACAUUCUCAUUAACAUUACGAAACACGCGCGUACACACGAAGACACAUUAAAACAAGUCGGAAUAGUACAGUAGAUCCCCGUAUAAUGCGGGUUCAUAUAACAAAGAUUCAUAUAACACGAAUUCAUACAACACGAUGCAAAAAUUGUGGCAGUAUAACACGAUAACCAGGAGACUCAGUCUCCUAAACCACCAGCGAAAAAGCGUCACUUUUUCGCAACAGGCACGACCGAUGUAGUUCGAGUUAAUCGCUUAUACUAUUUUAAAAUAUUCCCGCACAAUGUUUAUUAUUUUCGUUGCACAUUCAGUUUUAUAUAAAUUUUUUUAAACGCCCGUCCUUUUUAAAGCAAAAGACAAAAUUGAACUUGAAUUUCUCGUGGAUCUUCAUAACUUGUAAUCUCAGUUUUUAUAUAAAUUUCAAUCAAUCCGUCUACCCGUUCAGACGGUAGACCGGGUACACAGACACGCACACACACACAUGAUACACAUAUAUUUAGAUUUUGAUAUGAAACGUAAAGAUCCAAAUGGGUUAUUGAAUAUCUCAAGUAGUUUCGGAGAUAAUCGUCUGUUACACUUUUCGCUAAUAUCGAGAGCAUAAGGAACUCCCUGCGGUCGUGCCUAAAAAGUAAUUAUAUCGAUGAGCAAUGGACUCGAAACGUGAUAUUAGGCCGAAGCUUGCCUCGAGAUUGCUUAAGGACUCACUCGUACUGCACUGCCUGUUUAGGGUUUCGCUAGCGACCCAACAUAUUAUCGGCACAAUAAUUUUUCUUAAGUAAUUUAAAAAGAAACAAGAAGUAAAAAUAAUGUUCUUUGAAUUUACGCGCGCUCGGCCGGCGCGCAAAUAGCGCAGAAUACGCAUGCGCACGCUCGCACGUAGUGCCGCCAGUCGGAGCUGGUGCGACAUCGCCGAUAAAACGGCGGCUAUCUUGGAGUCUCGAGGAAUAGCAUUAAUUAGCGUCCAAUUUCGAUUCAAUUAAUAACGAACGAUAUCGUCGAUAAGCUCGAAAUCAUUUUUCCUUCGAUUUUUCUUCUUUAUCUUUUUUACUUGCAUGACGAUUAGAAAUGAAUCGAUCGAUUCUCUCUUUUCGUACGACAUAUCGUUCCUCCGUCGCGACCAAAUCCUUAAAGAUGAUAAAAAAAAAAAAAUGAUGAAAAAGAAAUUGGAGUAGGAGGAAGAGGAAGAAGAAGAAGAAGAAGAAGAAGAAGAAGAAGAAAAAGAAGAAGAAGAAGAAGAAGAAAUGACGGUUAUUCUUCUUCGUAAGGGCGGAAGAACGUGCGUACAUGCGUGUGUGCAAUCACGUCUAAAUUGCCGAUCAGCCGAGAUUUUAGCGCCAUCGAGGAGAGAAAAAAAAAAAGAGAUAUUAAUUAUUACGCGCGAACGUGCGUAUCACGCGUACACCGACGCGACAUAUAAAUAUAUAUAUAUAAAUAUAUAAAUAUAAAUAUAAAUAAAUAUAAAUAUGAAUAUAAAUAUAAAUAUAAAUAUAAAAAUACGCGAGGAACACCACGACAAACAUACAAGUACAUACACCCGCAUAUACAUACACAUACACACACAUAGACAGACAGACAGACACACACACACACACACACAUACACACACACCGAAAGGGAGAAAAAAAGAAGCGUUCGUAGAAACGCAAAUGAAAAGUCCCACAUGGAAGAAAGGAAGGGGCGAAGGAAGAAAGUGGAAGAAGAAGAUAUAUAAAAAAAAAAAAAGGAAAAAAAAAGAAAGAGUACAUAUUGUUUCGAAUUAUCUCGAUGUCGAGGUCAAAGGUCGGAAGUGCGACCGAGAGAGUACGCGGGCGAAUAUAAAUACGGUCUAAAAAACGAAAUGAUCGUUAUGCGUCACUAGAAUUAUAAUUAUGAUUAUGAUUAUUAUUACUAUUAUUAAAUAACGAAAGAAGGACGAAAGAAAAGAAACGUUCGCGAUAAGACGAUUCGUUCCUUCAAACGACGCCUUUUGCGAUUUUUCAAAGUCAGGUUCGACGAGAAGCUAAUCGACAUAAUAAUUUCUUUUCUCACAACUCUUCUCUUCCUAUUUAUCUGUCAUCGAUCUCUCUUUUCCUCGCAUUACCGAAAUAUCCCGAAGACUCCCCAGGUCUAAACCGCACCUGAAGAACCUCGACGUUAACGUUUUACUUUUUUAUAGUACAAAUAAUUAUUUAUAUAUAUAUUAUAUUAUAAAUACUUAUAAGAGGGCCAUAAUCACGAUUCAACUAUAAUGAUGCGACGAAAACCACGAAAGAGAAGAAAGAGUUGAUAAAGGAGAUGGGGAAACGAAAAAGGAUCGACUCUCUCUCGUGGUUGAAUAGAAUUUUUUGUUAAAGAAGUAAAGUGCGUGUUUGCCGAAACGUGCGAAUGUAAGUGUGCGAAUGAGAGAAAAAAAUAGACUUUGUGUAUAUUGUGAGAGGAAUGGAAAGAGAAACGAAAAAAAAAAAAAAAAAAAAAAAAAAAGAGAAAAAAAAGAAAAAAAAAGAGCGAACGAACAAACGUAGAAUAGGGAAGAGAAAACGACGUGAUGAGAAUAACGAGAAAUGCCGGAUGACGCGAAGUGUACCAAUAUUCUAAAGUAAUUCUAAUGAUUGACUUAAUAAUUUGAUAAUUAAUUGAUAUUGUAAAUCGUAACGACGUAGCGUGUAGUUUAUUAAUCAACGAGAAUGAUGAAAACGCGCCGAGGGAUCGAUCGGUAUGCCUGUAUUUCGCGAACGAACGGUGGGGGUGGAUUUUGAGAGGCUGCGUUUUAAAGCAAAAAAGAAAAAGAAAAAGAAGAGAGAAAAAAAGAAAAGAGAAGAAAAGUAAAUAGAGAAUCGAAGGAGACUUAUUUCAAUAUCAAUAUUCGACGAAAAUUAUCAUGUAAUAUGAAAAAUAAGCAUUCGUGGUAUUCCAAGGUUCGACCAAGUCACGAAGAUUAAAUUUCGAAAAUUAUGAGAAAAUGCUUAAGAUCAUGGAAUCAAAGAAAUUUCGAUCUUUCUCGAUUUCUCAAACGAAUUUGUUUCGAGUACGCGCGCGCUCAAGAUGGCACCAAAUCAUCACACUUUUUUAAUACCAAGUACUUUGUACAAAUCGAAUCGUCGUUACUCGCCCCGCGAUCGUUCUCGCGUUGUCUUCGUUGACAUCGUUAGAGGACUCGCGAAAGAUCGAAACAAAAGUUUUGCGAAUGAAUUGAAAGACAAGGAAAAAAAAGAGAAAAAAAAAGAAAAAAAAAAAACAAGAAAAAUAAUUAAAAACGUCGACCUCUUCUCGCCCCCUACUUAGGCCACGUUUUUCUUUUCCAUAUGUGGACAGGAAAGGGAAUUAAAAAGAAGCAAGCGAAGAAACAAAAACCGAGACGUAGUCGUAUAAGUAACGUGUAGAUAUAUCAUAGUUAGAUACAACGAUCUCAAAUGGACACGCUAAAUGUGGAUGGUCGUAAAAAAAAAAAAAAAAAAACGAAAAGGAUAGAAUUAACUAAGAAAAUCUGAAGGAAGCCUCGCGGUUAUCAUGGAUAAAAGAAACAAAAACAAAAAAAAAAAAAGAGAAAAAAAAUGAAAAAAAAAAAAAAUUAAUAAGAAGAAAAGAUGGAAGGAAGACAAAGAGCGAUAGUGUGUGAGUCCGAGAGAGAAUGAGAAAUGAAAUAGGGUUCAGCGUGAAUGAAUCCGGCGUCUUAACGAUUGUUAAAAGAAAUAUGGUUGAAUCGUGAAUUUGCGUAAAACGUUCGACACCCGCCCAUCUUUUACUAAUAUACACAUUCGUUGGCCGAGCGAGAAGUUAAGCUUCAUUUUUUGUACGUUUUUACGUUUACUUCUCUUUUCGCGUAGUCACGUAGUUGCUCGACGUUACACACAAAGAAUGUACUUUCCGUUUAACGAUUAUUCGCGUCUCUAUAAUCUCGUCACGUUCGGAUCAAGCCGAACGAGAGAUAGUUUAAAGAAAAUAAAAGUAUCGUCGACGGUCUCGUAUGUUAGUUGUUAAGUUUUUCGAUCUCCAUACGAGCGUACCUGAAAGCCAUAGGGCAUACCGAGAGAUUUAUUUUUUUCUCAAUUUUCAAUUGGCAAAGAUGUAAAUCAAAAUACAAAUUAUUUUUUCGUCGUUCGUUCGUUUAUACGUCGGUGUAGAUCUUGAUCAGAAUAAUAGUAAGCGUGAAACUCCAAUACUCCAGACUUACGAAAUCGGAAAUGCUUUCGCAGAAUGAAAGACCGUAAUCGAAAAUCUAGUUUCGUUCGUUAUCAAGAUCGCAAUUGAUCAAAUACGAUGCAAACGAUCGGGACGAAUAUCUCAACGAAGAAUUAAAUUAAAAUGAGAAAAAAGAAGAAAAAAAAGAAAGAAAGAAAGAAAGAAAAAAAAAACAAACGAAAUUAGAAAGAAUAGCUUAUGGCUCUCGGGUAUUGACUCUGACACCGAUUUUGCGACGAUACAAUUAAGCAUCGAAUCUCGAAUAUUUUCAUUCUCGACACGAUACAACGAAGUAUCGAUCGAGGAACGAUCGUCGUGUAAUCGGCAGGGGAGAAAAGAAGUUGCGAGGUAUUAAAAAAAGGAAAAAAAAAAAAAUAAACAAAAAAAGAAACAAAACAAAAAAAAAAUAUAAGAAAAAUAUCAAGAAGGGAAGCGAACACCUUUCGCGCGUUUACACUCGUAUACAUAUACAUACACACAGACAGACACACCGGCGAACGAAUCGUUAUUGCGUUUUUUAGUAAUUAAUCGCACCUAAAUAAUUCGUAAGAGAAUCCGUCGACUCUCUUUUUCCACAGUACAAGAAACAAUGGUAUUUAAGAGUUUUCAUUUUAGUCGCAAAACUUUAUGAAUAAUCGCAUAUAUAUUUCACGCACACGCCGUUGUAAAACUUCUUAAGGAACCCUUCGCAUAAGCGGCGUGAAUGAGGUGAGAAAAGAAAAUGGAUCGAAAAAAGAAAAAAAGAGAACAAAUCUACCUAAUUCUUGUAAAACGCGUAAAACGCUCUUCUUCUUUAACUCUCAAUCGUCCGUCUUUUCACUUUUCUUCGCUUUCACGGCGAAAAAUCAUCACCCUCCGUCGUCGUUGUCGUCGUCGUCUUGUUCAUGCGCGCGCGCGAGCACACGCCCAAUCAAUUCCACACCUUGUCUUUUCUUUUCUUUCUCACUUUCCGGGGUGAACACAAAUGAGGAAUAAACGGAACGAUCAGAAAACGGGAAGAAAAAAAGAAACAAAAAGAAAAUGAAAAUGAUACAAUAAGUAAGCGAUUAACCUCUAUGUUCACCAACCAACAACCCCGUUUUGAUUCGAUCGAUCUAUGCUUUCUCGCGAACUCCCCGAGAACUCCAAGACGUACUAACUUAGGACAAAUUGUAGACAAUUUAUUAUUAAAUAAAAUGAAAAAUAAAGCGACAUUUGAAACGAAA